AUGAUCCAGCACAAGCAGGAGGCGUUCUGGUUCUACCGCUUCCUGUCGAUCGUGUACGAUCACGUUAUCAACCCCGGUCACUGGACCGAGGACAUGCGUGACGACGCGCUCGAGCCGGCGGAUCUCAAUGACCGCAAUCUGCGCGUGGUUGAUGUUGGAGGCGGCACGGGUUUCACGACGCUCGGCGUGGUCAAGCACGUGGACGCCAAGAAUGUAACGAUUCUCGACCAGUCGCCGCACCAGCUCGCGAAGGCCAAGGAGAAGGCGCCGCUGAAGGACUGCACGAUCAUCGAAGGCGACGCGGAGGACCUGCCGUUUCCCACGGACUAUGCCGACCGUUACACCUCUGCUGGCAGCAUCGAGUACUGGCCCGACCCCCAGCGCGGCAUCAAGGAGGCGUACCGCGUCCUCAAGCCGGGCGGCAAGGCGUGUCUCAUCGGUCCCGUGCACCCCACGUUCUGGCUCUCGCGGUUCUUCGCGGACAUGUGGAUGCUCUUCCCCACGGAGCAAGAGUACAUUGACUGGUUCACCAAGGCCGGCUUCUCCGAUGUUAAGCUCAAGAGGAUCGGCCCUAAGUGGUACCGCGGGGACCGCCGCCACGGACUCAUUAUGGGCUGCUCCGUUACCGGCGUGAAGACCCAGCCCGGGGAUUCUCCUCUCCAGAUGGGUCCCAAGGCUGAGGACGUGAAGGGCCCGUUCAACCCCUUCUCUUUCGCCUUCCGCUUUAUUGUGGGCACCAUCUGCAGUCUGUACUAUGUUAUCAUCCCCGUCUACAUGUGGCUCAAAGACCAGCUUCUGCCCAAGGACUGGAAGUUCACUGAGGACUAG